UUCACAUUGGGUCCUGGAAAGCAACACAGUUUGUAACCAAUGCUCUUCUAAUGUUAUUUUGUUUUGUUAGAUUUUUUCACAAAUUUACCAACUACAACCCCGUCACAUUUAAUCGAAAGCACCUACAGUAAGGCAUCGGAAGCUGCCACAUCGGAGACACCUGUUCACGCUUCUCAGAGUGUGUUCCACAUGUGGAAAUAAUUUACACCAAACAACACUCCAUCAAUCUUUCCCAUCUGGAUGAAACCUGGCAGAGAUGCAAGCUGGUUAUCAGGUAACCAGCAUCACCCGUCUCCAGAUCCCUCCCACACCUGAGACUCUCCUCUUCCAGGCCAUCAUUAACCCUAAGAGAGGUAUGGAGGGACCACUGCAGACGCCACAGCCCCCCAGGACCUGCGGCUCUCCAGGGGGUUCUGGGAGAUCCUGCUGGAGCCUGGAUGCGCGGAUAGCUGUUCUUCUGGUGGCUCUUGCAGGAGCUUUAAUACUGCUGCUGCUCUACAAACUCUUACAGCUGAGACACAGGCUGAGUAUGGCACGGGCGAGGCACGCGCUGGAGUACUACAGCUUCUACCACAGCGCCACCUACACACUCAAACACGCAGCGUCAUGUCAGGAACUACCAGACAAAAAUGGGACGGUCCUUGCAGGUAGACCACCACCUUUACAAACUGUAACCCUGGUGACACCCACUGUCAUCGCCCCACUACCGCCCCCACCACUGCCACUCCCCCCACCUCCUGCACUGCCUUCGCCUCUGCUCCACACCCCACUUUCUCUCACUCCAACACCUUCAGUCCUGGCCUUCCCUCUCCACCUGCCUGGGACCCACACCACCCCGCCGAGCCCUCACCUGUCCUGGGGCGCCUGCUCAGACGCAGAUAUAUACUCUCGGAUCGGAGCUUUCAGGCCCUCCAGGCUCUCCAGCCUCUCCAACCAUUCAAAAGUCAUCCUAUUCGAGCACUCUUCUGUCUGACCUAUGAUGCAAAACAAGACUGGAGAUAAAAACAUUUGAUAAAACUGCAGUAAUUACCUAAAGGGAGUUGUAAGAAAUGUUCUUCUAAUGGACUGAUAAUCACGCAAGUUGAUGAUUAAGUGUUGGCUUAGAGUGAUCUAUACUAAAUAGACAGUAUACUGUGUACUUAUUCCUAUUCAAAGUUCAGAUACUUUAAGGGCAAUCCAAAACCUUGCGUUUUUGUGAGACAUUCAAUUUGUUUAUGUACUAUCCAUUUACAAUUACCUUACUUUGUGCCAGACCUCUGCAAUUUCCAGUUCAGACUGGUGGAAGUUAAGAGAACUGAAGACUUUAUAUAAUGUAUCACAACCUUAUAUAUUAGUUGUGAGGCAGUCCUGAGGUUUGCAUUGUUGGCUUAACUUUAUUUGUUUUCUUACAUGCUGAUAAUAUAAUUCCUAAAUUAUAGUGUCUUCAUUUUCACAGUGAAGUCAUUGUAGCAGAGCCCAUUGUUUCGCCAAAUGGGGGCAUUUCCUCAGCUGGUUUUCCAUGCAGUGGACCCUCCCUGUUUCACACCAUCCUCUGUGUUUCCUCUGACUCUCUCUGUAGGAAUCUUACUCUUCAGUUCCUUCACUUACAGUCUUUAAUGAUGACUCUGAAGAUGUCCUUUUAUUCCAGCGAAUGUCACAAUUUCAGACGUGAUUCAUAAGUUGUUCAAUCGUCUCUUAAACACAUUCAAAGUCACAUUACAAUUAAUACAGGUUAAACUUUAGAAAAAGGGGCUCCUUAUAAAACAGAUAAUAAGCACAGAUUGAUAUUUUUCUUAAGUAGCCCCGUAGACAGACAGGUAACAUCUGUCUGUUGUUGAUCUGGUUUCCACCUUCGCCCUAACAAGCUGUUAAAAUGAAUUUUCUUUGAAUAUUUAACCAUGUUUUCCCAACAGGCCUCUCAUUUAUAAUUCAACAAUAGUUUGCAAAUUCAUGGGGGAGGCUGUUUAAGUUGAUGCUUGUUUGUUGCUUUCUGCUUGCCGUGGUAAGAACUGAGACCUUUUGUGACAUUCUCCCUUAGUCUUUUUCUGUAUUUAUGUCUGAAAGUAAGGCCAAUGUCUCCAUACUAAAAGCCAGUCAAUUCAAUCUGUGCAUGUAGUGCUCUGUCGUCUCUUAAUUGGUUGUAAGCCGAGCCAGGGAAGACAAUUGAAACAAUGCACUGCUGCUGCAAUUAAAUAAAACAAAGGAACGCCAUGCAAGGUUGAAUAUGAAUGUGUUUG